AGGCUGAGCAGUUGAUCACUGAUGUCCUUCAAGAGGCUGAGGCAGGUGGGUCUGCUGGUUCAGGUGGAGGCGGCCGUAGGAUGGGUGGACAAGCAGGAGCUGAUCAGUUUGUUAUGAAAAUUCCUAACAAUAAGGUUGGUCUGAUAAUUGGUAAAGGAGGUGAAACUAUCAAAUCUAUGCAAGCUAAGACUGGAGCUCGAAUUCAGGUUAUUCCUUUGCAUUUGCCCCCUGGAGACCCAACUCCAGAAAGAACUUUGCAGAUUGAUGGGAUAACCGAUCAGAUUGAACAUGCUAAACAAUUAGUUAAUGAAAUCAUCAGUGGCGAGAACCGUAUGAGAAACUCCUCAAUGGGUGGAGGGUAUCCUCAACAGGGUGGUUAUCAAGCCCGCCCGCCAUCAAGCUGGGCACCACCUGGUGGUCCGCCUGCACAACCUGGUUAUGGUGGUUACAUGCAACCGGGAGCAUAUCCUGGUCCACCUCAGUAUGGUCAAUCACCUUACGGGAGUUACCCUCAACAAACUUCAGCUGGCUAUUCCUCUACCUGGGAUCAAUCCUCUGUGCCACCAUCUCAGCAGGGUGCGCAAGGUGAGUAUGAUUAUUACGGUCAGCAACAGUCACAGCAACCAAGCACUGGUGGUAGCUCAGCCGCACCGACGGAUACAACAGGCUACAAUUACUACCAGCAUGCUUCUGGUUAUGGCCAAGCUGGUCAGGGAUACCAGCAAGAUGGGUAUGGGGCUUACAAUGCCUCGCAACAAUCAGGAUAUGGUCAAGCUGCUGGUUAUGAUCAGCAACAGGCUGGUUACGGCAGCGCCGCUAAUCCGAGUCAAGAGGAAGACACAUCUCAAGCUGCUCCGCCAUCGUCAGCUCAGUCUGGACAGGCUGGGUAUGGUACAACUGGUCAACAGCCUCCUCAAGGAAGUACUGGUCAAGCAGGGUAUGGAGCUGCUCCAACUUCUCAGGCUGGUUACAGCAGUCAGCCACCAGCGGCUUACAGUUCUGGAUAUGGAGCUCCACCACCGGCUGCAAAGCCACCUGCUUAUGGUCAGAGCCAGCAGUCUCCAGGUGCUCCUGGCAGCUAUGGUAGUCAGUCUGGGUAUGCUCAACCAGCAGCGUCAGGGUAUGGACAGCCUCCAGCAUAUGGGUAUGGUCAAGCACCUCAGGCAUAUGGGUCUUAUGGAGGAUACCCACAAGCUGCUGCUGGUGGGGGCUACUCGUCGGAUGGAUCGACUGGAGCCGCUGCCGCUGGUGGUGGUGGUACACCAGCUGCACAGACUGCUGCUCCACCUGCUGGACCGCCCAAGGCAUCCCCAAAAAGUUGAUAUGCCUAAGGAUAAUUUUCAGCUGUUAUUACAAUACAGGCUUCCUUGCUCUAUCUUUUUCUUGAGGAUAUCUUAAUGUUUGUGUUUGACGUUUUAGUUUCUACAUUAAAAGAUAAUGGUUAAUGUUAUGUUUGGUCGGUCCA